GUUGGUUUCUUUAUGGUUCACUUCUUCGGCUCUACAUGUACUUCUGUUCCCAACCACGUGACACGAUAAAAAGUGAAUGAAAUUGAAAUGUAGGCGCAGGUGUGAAUAGGGAAUACAGAUAGGUAAAAUGCGUCUAAGGAGGACGGUCCUCGCGACCGCCGCCUCCGUCACUUAUGUUUCUGCCACCGAAGGAUCGCCCUUAGCGAAGGUACUUGCCCUGCUGAAGUCCAUGCAGGCAGAGGUUGAGAAGGACAUGGAAUCUGACGCCGCUAUCUCCAAAAAACUGCAGUGCUGGGCGGCCACCAAUCGAAAGGAGAAGGAGGACGCCAUCGCAGCCGGGGAAGCCUUUAUCGCGUAUGAGUUGCAAAAGUUGUACUAGCGUAUUCGUAGGGAUUGCAUUAUUGUACUAGUAAGGUGGCUCAGCAUGAGUAUGACAUGAAAAGUGGAGUUUCUUAUGCUGAUUCAUCUUUAGAAAAUUGAAUUAUAACGCAUAAGCAAACUGCAACCCGUACAAGUGCCGCAAUAACCUUUUGCAAUGCAUAUCGCAGAGACGGAAGCAAAAAUUACAGAUUUGACUGCAGAAACCAAAGCACUGGACGUGACGGUGAAAAAGCUGACCAAAGGUAGGACUAUUGCGUAUUAGCAUGACAAGUUUCCAUUUCAAAUUCUGACUUUGUGUCGCUGGGUGUAGUAGAUCUACAUGACUAGUACACCUUCGAGCAAGAAGAUCUGUAGUGGAUGCAACCAAGAAGUAGACGAGUACGGGCGAGUUUUUGUUUGUGUCGUGCUGAGGGGAAGGUUGUCAUGCAAUUUUCAGAAUUUAAAUCAUGAAAAUCUAAAUCAGACCUCGCCGAGGACGAGCAGCAGCUAAAAACCAUCGAGAAAAAGAGGGAAAAGGAAGCUGCGUCUUUACCCAUUGCAAAAGUGCAGUCUUUUAGAUCAUUUAGUGGAAUUGGCAAUAUAAACGUACCAAGUCGUGGGAAGAUUUUAAUUCAGAUUUUGCAUAUGCUGAUUCAUACAACAUCUUAAAUUUUUUAUCAUGUCGGUUUAUCAUGUAGUAUUUCAAUCACACACUAUCACUGCGAGACUGGUGCUCUUCCGAUGCAUAAUCUUUCACCCAGUACCAGAAAGAUACGAUCAAAGCCAUCCAACAACUAACCGGCGCGCUGACGAUUCUGAAGAAGCACCAAUCGUUCCUUGAGGUCAGGAGAAUACUGGAGCUGAACAGGUAUGACCUUGAUCAACAUGCCGAUGAAGUAGAGUGCACCACUUCUUUGAUCGAUCUUCCAUUCCUACGUUUAGGUUUUGACAAGCGAUUUUUCAUUUUUUAAUACUUUUCUAAACAACAGCGACUACCUUCCUAAAGACGACCUGCGUGGCGCUUUAUCCCUGCUGGACUCCGGCUUGCCGGCACACGCCAGCGCGUCCGGCGAGAUCUACGGUAUCAAAUGCAAAAAUGUCUGGGUCUGGAACAAAGCAACUUGUCAUGCUAACUCUGAAUCAUUUAAAAAUCUGUGUUGCAUCAUUACCAAACGCUGUCCACUUUAGACCUAAUCGAGAUGCAGUUUCUCAUGCAGGAGUGGCAUGAUAGAACUCUCACAGAAUCUGUCAUGCUAUGUCCUACAUGCCAGACCUCACGGGUCAUGGAAAACCUGCGUGACAAGUCUGGCACUCUUCCAGACCCAGACACUUUUACAUUUGAUAUACGGCAUUUUGUCGCAGAUGAAGGAGACCAUGUCCGCUGAGCUGAAAAUAUCCAAAAUAAAUUUCCCGUACACGUACAAAUGUGAUUUCUGCAUGACAAACUUUUCUUCCAAUCCUAUUCAGCAUGACAAGUCCGACUUGGUAAAAUUUGUCAUGCAUUUUGUACAUGUACAGGAAAAAUUUGCCAUGCAUAAAAAAAGGCCCAGGACGACGAGGCGUCCAACUUGCAAUCCUUCGAGUCGUAUGCAUAGGAAAUAUGUCUGGGUCUGGAAGAGUGCGUCUUGUAAUGCUAAAGCUGAAUCAUGCAAAAAUCUGUGUUGCAUGAUAUACCAAUAAAGCUGUCCACUUUUGAGCAAGCCGAGAGGCAGUUUCUUAUGCGGAAAAGGCAUGGAAAAGAUCUCAAGUAAUCUGUGAUGCCAGGGCAUGCCUCGCAGACCUGAUGCGUCAUGCAAAACGCGCAUGACAAAGACAAACGUUGCACUUUUCCAGACCCAGACAUAUUUGCAUUUGAUAAGUCGUUGCGAAGGGCCAAGCGCGAGGAGAUCGCCGCGGGAAGGGCGGAGCUGCACAAGAACAAAGAGGCGCUCGCGAGGGGUCUGGAGGAGCUGGCGCGCAGCAAAAAGGCGCUGAAGGAGGCCAAGGACACGUUAGAGGCGGACAAAGCGUUUCUAAAGGACGUCAACGAAAGAUCCGCAGCCGACAAAAAGGAGCUGGAAGCCAGGACGGCCGCCCAGACCGAGGAGUUGAAGGCGCUGCAAGCCACUGUGGACAUCUUGACCUCUGACGAGGCGCGGGACCAGUUUAACAAAACUUUGAAGCCGACGCUGUUCCUGCAAACGAAGCUCAAAACCAGAAACACGCUCAGUUCCAUGAAGCAGAAAGCCGCGAGUUUGCUCCGGCAGAAGGCCUUCCUCGCCCCGGAGCUGUCGCUGAUGGCCACGAAGGUGCAGCUGGCGGCGUUUGAGGAAGUGAAAAAGAUGAUCACGGAGUUGGUUGCGGAAUAUGCAAUGCAAAUUUACUCCCGUACAUGAACAAGAUGCAUCACAAUCAGUUUCACCAAUUUCAAUCUGGAGCGUUGUAAGUAACACUUUUCAUGCUAAACUAGGAUCGAAGCCCAGUAAGUUUGUCAUGCAGAGACUGCGUUUGUACGUGUACGGGAAAUUUCCUGUGGAUACCGAGCUGAAGCAAAAAAUGAAGGACGAGGUGAAGAAGCGCGACUACUGCCUCGCCGGGUUUGACAGCAACGAUAAGGAGACCACGCAAAUGAAAUAUUUAGCCGAGGACUUGACGGGAAAGAAGACGAAGCUGGAAAACACGAUCGCGGAAUUAGAAGCCACGAUUGCGUAUGCAGUGCAAAAGCAUCGCAAGUACCCGGGAUAAAUUCUUGCAGUCAUGCAUGACAAAACUCUUUCCAGACCUACAACAGCAUUACAAGUUCUGUCUUCGUUCUGGCCGACAUAAUUUGUGGUCCUAUAGUUUACACUUCCCAGUACUGCGAUACUUUUGCAUUCCACAUUGCCAACACCAAGAAGGAAAUCUCCGAAUUGCACAUUGACAUCCAGUCUGCGACCAACAACCGAAAAGAAGAAAACGCCGAGUACCAACAAAUCUUCUCCGACCAGAAGAUCACGCAGAAAAUUUUGAAGCAGGCAAAGGAAAAGCUGAAGUCUUUCUACGACAAGGACUCCGAAGAAUUCCUGCAGCAGCCCGGGGGCCCGCUUGGCCUGGAAGCUGGCGGAUAUAAAAAGAAAAACGGCGUUAUCAACUGCAAAAAUGUCUGGGUCUGGAAGAUUGCCAGGCUCGUCAUGCAUAUUUUGAAUGACCCAUGAUGUCUGUGAUGCAUGCCCUAGCGUCACAGAUUUCUAGAGGACUUUGCGCUGCCUCCACCGCAUGAGAAAUACCCUCUCCGCGUAGCACAAACUGGAGUCUUCUUGCUGGCGAUGCAAUGCAAAUUUUCUUAGCAUCGAGAGACAGCAUUACAAGUUCAGUAUCUUCCAGACCCAGACAUAUUUGCAAUGCAUAGGCGUGGGCAUCAUGGGCAUGAUUGAGGAGAUCAUCAUCGACAGCGAGCAGACCGUAUGAACUGCAAAAGUAUCGUACUCGUAUAAAUGCAUUGCAAAUUUUCUCAGCAUGAGAAAUAAAAUUUGUAAUGCUGAUUUGCCUUGACAAAGAAAUUUGUAAUGCAAGACCUGCAUUUAUACGAGUACGAUACUUUUGCAGUUCAUAGACCGUCGGGAAGUCGCAGUUGGCAGAGCAGGAGGCCCAGACCGCCUACGACAAGUUCAUUGCGGAUUCUUCCAAAGAUAUGCAACGAAAAAAGUGUUACAGUUACAUAAUGUGUUGCAGACCAAGCAAGCCAGACGGCCUCUCUCGUGCUGGAAAGGCAUGGUUGUGUUGCAGAAUUCACCACAAAAGUGUGUACUGUAGCACUUUUUUCGUGUGAUAAACGACCUUGCCGACAAGGAAGCGCAGCUGAACACCGCGAUUGAGUUAUCCUGAGUAAAAACGUCCCCACCCCAUAGCUGUCAUGCAGAUUUGCAGCUGCAGGAAGAUUUGUAAUGCGCAUCCCCAUGAGAGGCGUUUUCUAUCGUGUUUUGGACUUUGUAAUGCUGGAAAGAUGAUGAGUAGCUGGAUUUGUGUUGCGGCUGUACCUGCUACACUGCACUACAAUACAGAGAGAAACUUGCCAUGCUUGGCCCCCAAGACUUCUCGAUUUCUGUUGCGAGAUCCCCAUCUUGACUCUGGUAUGGGGACAUUUUUACUCAGGAUAUGAGUCCAAGGCCGAGUCGGAGGGGGACCUGCACCAGUGCAAGGCCGACCUGAAGUCCACGCUGACCAAGAUCGAGGAACUGGCGGAGGCGCUGAAGGCCCUGCACAUGGAGUGCGACUUUGUCGUGCAAAACUUCGACCAGAUAUGCAAUACAAAUCUCCCGUGGUACAUGUACAAGAUGCAUCACAAAGCUCACCAAUCUGGGGCGUAAAACUUGUCAUGCUAAAGUAGGAUCGAAGCCGAGUUUUGUCAUGCAGAGACCGCAUUUGUACGUGUGCGGGAAAUUUACUGUGGAUACCAGAGGCAGGCAGCCAUGACGCAAGAGAUCGAAGCCGUCCAGCAAGCCAUGGCCAUCUUGAGUGGGGCGCAGUGAGGAAGAUGGAGUAAAGUGCAGUUUUCUCUGAGUUUUAGAUAUAACAAGCACUUUCGCUUUCGAUUGGAGAUUUUCUAUUCCGACACGUUUCACACCAGCACGUAAUGCGCCCACGGCGAUUUGGAUCGACACCAGAGAUGGUCUUGACGAACUAAACUUCUUCGUUAUUUAAACUUCUUUUUUUCAUUAGCGAUAGCGAUACUUCUUUACGAUUUUUUUGUGACAUAAGAUCUUUCUCGGACAACUUUUAAACUUCUUUUUUUCAUUAGCGACAAAACUAAACUUGUUUUUUUCAUUAGCGAUACAGAACUUAGGAUCUUAAAGAGUCUUGGCCAUCUGCUGUCGGUUCCUAACAAGGGCGGUUUGCUGCUGAAAAAGAACUGUGUGUGCUGUAAGAUUGAGGAUGGAGUGACUCAGAAAAGAAGAAUUGAACCGCCUGCGUGCUACCACAAAACUGAAAACUUGCAUACGGAAAAAACACAGUGCGUUGUUGUAGCUGUGCGUUGCAGUACAGGUACAGCACACGCAUCGCUUCUGGUGCUAACUUUGCGUUGUUGUGUUCUGUGUAUAGACUCCCGCUCAUCUUCCAAACGGUAUGCAAGUGGUCCUCGCGGAGGAGUUCCGCCAAUAAUUCGGGUUUCU